AAUCAAGGAGCUGCGACGCAGGCGCAGAAACGAGUAAGGAGGGGCGGAGCUCCAGGAGAAUAGGGAAAAUGGCGGAAUACGUGCAGGUGAUGAAGAGGGCGUUGCAACAGCUCGGUGGACAUGGCGGCAUCCGUGGCCUUAUGUGGCAGCUGCUCAGGGUCAAUGAUCUGAAGAUUGGUACCCUAGUAGGGACUGAUAAGUAUGGAAACAAAUACUAUGAAGACAAGAGGUUCUUUUUUGGUCGUCAUAGGUGGGUCAUAUAUACUGCAGAAAUGGAUGGCAGGAACACAUACUGGGAUUUAGAUGGAAGCAUGAUACCUCCUGAAUGGCAUCGUUGGAUUCACUGUAUGACAGAAGAUCCCCCAACUACACAUCCACCAGUGAGUCGUAAAUUCAUUUUCCAAAAUCAUAGAAUGAAUGAAAGUGGUACUCCUAAACAAUAUGUACCAUACUCUACAACACGUAAGAAGAUACAAGAGUGGGUUCCACCAUCUACACCUAGCAAGUGAAAGAAAAAGAACAUGGUGAUUUGCAAGAAAAAGAUUGUUUGUUGUGCAUCUUUAUUUAAAAUAAAAAUUUUGAUUAAAAACAUUUUGAAAUCAAAAUACUGUUGGGAAAGAGUUAUCUGAGUAAUGGAAUGGGCAGAAACCGGAUAUAUAAUAUGCUGUAAAAGUGCAUGUUUGGGGAAUAUUUUUGUAGAAUUGAGAGUCUGGUAGAAUCCAGUAGCUUUCAUUAUAAAAUAUUCCUCAGUAAGAAAACAAUAUAAGAUCAAACAAGAAUGUAGCUUACCAUAUCAUAAAUACUCUGUCCAAGAUCUGGGAAAACAAUCCAAGUUUUCAACAAUUUACAUAAAGUCACUAAGAGGAAGUAGUAUAGAUCACUCUGAGAAUGUCAUUUCAAAGGAUGAGGAGGUUGCCACUGGGAAGACACACUGCUUGAUUGAUGGAACCUGGAACAUACCUACUCUUCCUGACCUCACCAGAUGGAUAGAAACAUGGAUUAAUGGAUCUCUAUUAUAAUCAUUGUAGGAUAUAUAAAUUAUUAGAUAUAUAAAUUAGAUGUAUAAAAGCUUCAAGUCACACAGUGUGCAAUGGAAAAACUAAUACUAAAAACUUUACUCGGAGACUAAAUCAGAAGUGAGGAAUGUCAACUAACUUCAAACAAAAUUUCUUGAUUCCACCUGUAACACCAUACCAAAACAAGUAAUGAAAUAUAGAUGUCUGUUGAAUGUCUAAUGUUAACACUAUCUGGGUGAAUAAAAUAAAGUGAAAAUACAGUCUAACAAA